AGUGCUUCACCAUGGGAACCAUUCCAAAUAUGUCUCAACUUUGAGAUUGCAGAAAUUGCACUGGAGGCAGCAAUGACCAAAGAACAGACUAACCAGCUGAUUGACCUUGUACACUGUUCUGCAAAUGGUCAAGAGUCCUUCACAUUACAGAGUCAUGACAAAGUCUGUUCAUUUUGG